GUGCCACAAAAACCAAACUUUGUGUUUUAUCUUUUGCGGCAAGACAGUCAACAUGAAGACGGCUGCAGCCUGGAUCAUUGCAGCCGCAUCAAUUGCGUCUGCUGCUUCAGAGCCCUCGCGGCCUCGCGGUGUUGGCCCAGAGUUCGCCAAGUUCUUCAAGGAUGCUGAAUCAUUUACUUGCAUUUCGAAUCCGUCCAUCAAGAUCCCUUUCUCCCAGGUCAACGACGACUACUGCGAUUGUCCUGACGGCUCCGAUGAACCUGGAACCUCUGCUUGCUCCUACCUCUCCCCACUCUCACCCUCGACUCGUUCGGAUACGACCAACAAGGACCAGAUAAAUGUCACACAAGUCCUGCCUGGAUUCUACUGCAAGAACAAGGGGCAUCAGCCUAGCUACGUCCCCUACACCAGCGUCAACGACGGCUUCUGCGACUACGACCUCUGCUGUGAUGGCAGUGAAGAAUGGGCUGGAGUUGGCGGUGUCAAGUGCCAGAACAAGUGCGACGAAAUUGGCAAGGAAUGGAGGAAGAAGAACGAGUCACGCCAGCGUGCUCUCACCAAUGCCAACAAGAAGAGAAAGGAGUACACCAACGAGGCCCAGCGUUUGAGAAAGGAAGUCGAGGACAGAAUCAAUACCCUGCACACCCAACUCAAGGCUUCGGAGAUUCACGUCACAGACAUGGAGAAAGAGCUUGCUGAAGUCGAGCGUCGCGAGAAGGGCAAGGUUGUCAAGAGCCAGGGAGCCAAGCAAGGCAAGAUGGGUGUCCUCGUGGGACUUGCCAAGCAGAGGACUGAGGAGUUGAGAGACCACCUCGUCCGCGUCCGUCAGGAACGUGACACUUCGAAAGACCGUGUCAAGGAGCUCGAGGCUAUCUUGUCAACCUUCAAGGAGGAGUACAACCCCAACUUCAACGAUGAGGGUGUCAAGAGAGCUGUACGUGCUUGGGAAGACUAUGCUGCUCGCGACAAGUCUGGGGAUGACACUUCUGCACACGACAGAGACCUCAACGAGAUUACCAAGACUGACGCGGACAACGGUCUCGACUGGGAGUCAUAUCUCCAGACCGAGGGCGAGGAUGUCGAAGUUUUGUACGAGAUCGAAAACUACCUCCCUAAGCCUCUCCGCGACUGGGUCGACCAGAAGCUUCGUGACCUCCGCAUCAUGCUCAUCGAGAACGGCAUUCUCGCCGACCUUUCAGCAGAAGGUGGCGAGUCAUCUGCUGUCAACGACGCAAAGAACCGCCUCAAGUCUGCCCAGGACGCCGUGAAUUCUCAGCGUAAGGACCUCGAAUCACACAACGAAGACUUGAACAAGGAGUACGGUCCUGAUGGUGUCUUCCGCGCCCUCAAAGGCCAAUGCAUUUCCGUCGACUCUGGCGAGUACACCUACGAGCUGUGCUUCAUGGAGCACACGACCCAAAAGUCCAAGAAGGGUGGCAGCAACACACGCAUGGGCAACUUCGUCCGCUUCGACAAGAUCACCGUCGACGAAGAGGUUUCGGCCGAUGGCAAGGGUCUCGGCUCUGGUGAGCGCAUCGCUAUGAGACACGAGAACGGCCAACACUGCUGGAACGGACCUAACCGUAGCACCACUGUUAUUCUUGCUUGUGCCGAGCAAGACGAGAUCUGGAAGGUAUUUGAGGAGGAGAAGUGUGUCUACCGCAUGGAAGUCGGUUCACCUGCUGUCUGCGAGGCUCUCAAGAAGGCAGAGAUUGUCAAGGAUGAGUUGUAAAAGAUGAACAAUAGACGUGCAUACAUAGUUGUGUUAUAGAAAGCCAUCUAAGAUAUUUUUUUCUCUGCAG